ACUGUUGGUAAAGGAUGGAGAGCAGCUUUGCAAAUUCAUCUGCCAGUUCCCUCAUCACUCUGGGGUGGAUCCUACCUGGGCCUGUAGAUUUAUGAACAUCCAAGUGUCCCAGCAGUUCUGUGAUGGCCUCCUCCUGGAUAGCUGGGAUAUCAUUCUGCUCCCUGACACCAUCUACCAACCCAAGAGGACAGUUGUCCUGAGGAUGAGCAGUCUUCCCACUAAACACUGAGGAGUAAAAUGGCUCAAACUCUUGCUCCAGCAACAUCCAUCCAUGAUGAGGAAUCCUUGGAAAGCAGAAUGGUGGUUACAUUCCUCAUGUCAGGACUUGAGUCAAUGUGUAAAGAACUUUCCAAGUCCAAGGCAGAAAUUGCCUGUAUUGGUGUAUAUGCAAGAAAUGUUUUUGUUGUUGGAACUGAAAGAGGAAAAGCCUUUGUCAACUCUAGGGAAGAUUUUAAGACGGAUUUUAUUGAAUACUGUGUUACAGAAGAGGACAGGCCUCCAGAACUGCAGAAAACAAAGACUGCAGCACCUGUAAACAGAAAGACGGUGGAUGCUGAGGAGCUGGAGGCUCUUAGAAUGUCUGUGGAGGAGUUUUUCUGCUUUUCCUAUGGAAAAGCUUUAGGAAAGUCAACAGCAGUAUCUGUGCCAUAUGAAGAGAUUCAGAGGAACCAGUCUCCUCUGAUAGUGCAGGGCCUGCCUGAAGGAGUCACAGUUAAACAUCCAUCAAAUUAUGAUCUUUCCACCCUGAAAUGGAUUUUGGAAAACAAAUCAGAGAUCUCAUUUAUUAUCAACAGGCCUAUCCUAGAACCAAAGAAACAGAUCGAAGCUGAGUUGACAGAUCCUUCACCUUCAGUUAUACCCCCAUGUGAAAGUUGUCCUCCUGUUAAUGUGAAAACGGAACCAAGCAAGGAUUCUGGAAUUUCUUCCAAAAUGUCAACAGUAACAAUGAAGCAGGAAAGAGAUGAUCCUAACUACUAUCAGUUCAAUACUUCAGCAGGCCCUUCCAAAACAUCAGAGAUAGAAGAAAAAAUUGCUCCUGAAAGAAGUUACACAGAGCCCUCCCACCAUGACUUAUCAGAAAUAAGUGAGAACCCUGAGGUUGAGGUCACCCUUGAAGAUGAUGAGGAUGACUACAUACCACCUGAUAAGAGACAGAAGAGCACCAGUUCAUCUAAGGAAGAUGCUAAUGUUGAGAGAAGAAAAGAAGAAGAGUUCAGUUGUGACAAAUGGAAUACACGAAUUACUGACUUGAGAAGGGAAGUUGAAGAACUGUUUGAUAAAAAAUAUGGUGAGGCUAUAAAAGCAAAAGGUCCAGUGUCUGUCCCAUACACAACCUUCCAUUCACAUCCAGAAGAUUUAAUUGUGGAAGGGCUGCCAGAUGGGAUUCCCUUCAGGCGCCCAGCCACGUACGGCAUUCCCCGGCUGGAGAGGAUCCUUCUAGUAAAGGAGCGGAUCCGCUUUGUGAUUAAGAAGCCUGAACUUCUGAGUUUGACAGGUGCUCCAGUGGUCAAUACAGUUCCAACAGUCUCAAAUACAGUGAAAGAGGACUGGCAUUCCAGAGUCACCAAACUGAGAAAGAUGGUAGAUCAACUUUUCUGUAAAAUGUAUGCCCAGGCUUUGGGGAGCAGUGACCCCAGAGCUGUUCCAUACAAGAAAUUUGAAGCUCAUCCAAAUGACCUCUAUGUUGAAGGGCUGCCAGAGAACGUCCCCUUCAGGAGUCCCUCCUGGUAUGGAAUCCCUUGCCUUGAACAAAUAAUUCAAGCAGGCCACAGAAUAAAAUUUGUGAUUAAAAGGCCAGAGCUGCUAACUCACGCUUCAUACGACGGUACUCAGCACAGGUCAAACCCUCAAGCGAGAGAAGAUUGGAAUUCCAAGAUCACAAAGCUAAGAAAGCAAGUAGAAGAUAUAUUUAGUGUGAAGUUUGCUGAAGCUCUGGGGCUUUCAGAGGUUUCCGAUUCAGUGAAAGUUCCCUAUUCUCUGUUUGAAUCAAACCCUGACUACUUGGUGGUGGAGGGCUUGCCAGAAGGAGUCCCCUUCCGGAGUCCCACGUGGUUUGGAAUUCCACGCCUUGAAAGAAUCAUCCGUGGGAGUACCAAAAUCAAAUUUGUUAUUAAGAAGCUUGAGCUUAUCAUUCCCCAUUUGCCUCUAAGACUGGCUAGUAAACUAAAGAAAAAAGGAAUUGGUCCUUCCAAAGGUCCAAGGACUUCCAGAAGGUCACGAAGCUCUUCAGAAAAUUCAAGUGUCCCAGAGAUUGUAGUUACUAUUGAAGACAGUCCUAAAAAAGACCAAACCACAAAUGCAGAAGCUAAUUCUCAUACCAGUGACUCCAAUGAAAAUUUGAAGCAACAAGGAAGAGGGUUUUGUUUUGAGCUGUGGAAUGCCAAAAUCAAUGACUUGAAGGAGAAAGUAGAAGAUCUUUUUAAUGAAAAAUGUGGGGAAGCACUGGGACGCAGUGGGCCAGUGAAGGUGCCAUAUGCACUGUUUGAUUCCUACCCAGAGGAUUUCCACGUGGAAGGACUGCCUGAGGGGGUGCCUUUCCGCCAGCCUACGACUUUUGGGAUUCCAAGACUAGAGAAAAUCCUGAGAAAUAGAUCCAAAAUAAAAUUUAUUAUUAAAAAGCCUGAGAUGCUUGAGGCAGCUAUCAAAGGAAGUUCUGAUAGAAGCCCCCAAGGAAAAAAUAAUUCCUCCAGUAAAGCCAAUACAGCAAGGACCACAAAAAACACAGUGAAAACAGCUGAAGGUGUUGAAGAUGUAAACAUUGUUGAAGUAACCAUAAAAGAUGAUGAAAGUGAGCAACUGCCAAAAGCAGAAAAUGCCAAACAAUUGAGAGAGCAAGUAAAUGAUCUUUUUAGCCAGAAAUUUGGUGAAGCCACUGGUAUGAAUUUUCCUGUGAAAGUUCCAUACAGAAAAAUCACUAACAACCCUGGCUGUGUGUUGGUGGAUGGAAUGCCUCCAGGUGUGUCAUUUAAAGCACCCAGUUAUCUGGAACUCAGCUCAAUGAGGAAGAUUUUGGAUUCAGCAGAGUCUAUCAAGUUCACUGUCAUUAGACCGUUUCCAGGACUUGUGAUUAACAAUCACCUGCUAGAAGAAGCUGAAGCAGAAGCAGAAGCAGCAGCCACUAGCACAGCAGUACUACCAGAGCCAGCUGAACCAAGCCAUUUAAAAGUAUCUCUAGGAGAUAACACAGAAACAGAAGAAAAGUUUCAAGUAAAGCAUGAUCCAGACCUGACAUCAUAGACCUCAUCAAUACUGGUCAGAAGCUGCCCCUUCUGAGAGGAGCUGCUCGGCCUGUCUAGAGCUGUGUAAUAUAACUGUAUAAGAGAAGUAUCUUCUAUACAAACCCUUUUGUACUAUUAUAUAGAAAUGUCUACUUUUUCAGCAGUUCUGUGAAUUGACCUAAUAAUGACUGUAGAUUUGGAUUGUCUGAGUUUACUUUGGAAUAUAUUUUAAUGAAUAAAUUUCAUGCAGUGGUGCUGGGGAGAUGGCAGGGAUUAAAAUCAACAGGGACUUAGCUCAGGCUGUCUAUAUUUUCCAAUAAAGCUGAAUUUCACUGUACCUGAAUGCAUCCUAACUUUUCUAAUGAAAAAUUCCUGCAAAGAGUUCAGUUUGUUUACUUUGGAGAAAAAACACUCUACAUUAAUUUUCAGCUAUAACUUUAAUGUCUCAUUGGACAACAGUAUCUGUAUAUUUGAGUUAAUUUUUCCUAUUAUAUCUAUCACAAUUAAUAUGUUUUUCCUAAAUAAAAGAUAAAAUAAUCCA